AUGUCUGGCGAAUCGUCACUUCACAGGCAACGAUAUUACUGUGAUCUGUUCAGGACUACUGUUCUUUACUGGCCUCCUUCGUACGGAAAAAUAGUCAUGGUACUUGACGAAGAAACGAAAGCGGAUCAUGAAUUUGGCGAGAAAAUAAUGGAUCAGACCAAAAGAUACUUUCCUGAUCGCAAGCUUGAAGUAUUUUAUGAGGCCCUUCCAAAAGACAAAAGUACAUUGGAUUUUCCUGGGAUGCACAGAAAACCCGGUUACAACAGGCAGCUUUGGAGCAGUUAUUUUAUCGACUUGUAUUCAAAUGACAGCAUUAUUGCGUGGAUGGAUAAUGACGCUGCCUUCAUAACUCCAGUAACGAAAUCUUCCAUUUUUAAUGGCACAAAGUUAAGAACGUUAGGAACGGGUUGUCAGUUGGGUAGGGCAUGGAUACGGUCUUGGGCACACACAUUGAAACUGGCCCUUGGGUUUCCAAUGGUUGCUAAUUUUAUGUCCUUCUUUCCUGUAUACAUAUAUCGGGACACCUUCACUCACUGCAGAGAGUAUAUACUGAGAAAAUUUAACACGAUUAACUUUGAUGAAGUUUUUAAGAAGCUAAUCAAUGUCCCGCACUCUCCAGUCUGUGUUGUGCUGAGUUAUGCUUGGUACUUUGAGAGAGACCGCUACGACUGGAAUUUCGAGAUCUGUGAUGACCUGGCGGAAUAUAAUAAGAAGUUUCCAACCGAUCAUACCCGCGUUAGACCAGAACAUGUAGAAACUAUUCUGUCGGAACCUCAAACAACUUUUCACGUACCAUACGCCCCUUUUCUUUAUUCAAACGUUAUUGUAAGCUACUGCUUGUCACACAAAGCGGCAGGAAAUAAUUUGGAUAUAUGUUCCAAUCGUUCAGUAUCACUUAGCGAUAAUUUUGUUCUUUUCAACCACGAUCUUCAGUUCGUUAAAUCUGUGGACGAAACACCGUGUACAGGUAGCUAUACCAAUACAUGUUUGGAGGUGCUGGAACGUCAUUAUAACCGAGUUGGUCUUCAGAUUAAACAAGGGCGUAAGGUGGAAUGGAGCAAUGUAGAAACUGUUGAAAAGCUUGCUAGUGAGUUUAAGAUUCAAUGUCCGCCAAUGAUGUGA